AAACUACCAAAGCUAGGGGUAUUCUCGCACCGGAGUUGUAAGUCAUAGUUUUGAGGUAUUUCAAGAGAAUUGAUAUUGUUGUUGUGUCACUGUGACAACUUAAAGUCAGUGAAACAAACUUUCCGGAGCUAACUUUUACAAUGUUUGUGGUGUUAGCCUCAGCUAGCGGCCGAGACUUUCGUUUUCAUUCGCUCCUGUCUUCAUCCUGGUCAGUUGACGUUUAAUGGGAUAGCGCGGCAGAAACGGCGGAAGUGUUGUUGAAUGUCUGGAUGAAAAACAUUUCCUUAAACAUCCAAGGAUACUAAAUACCCACCGCCAUGAAUCCACCCAAUCCGUUUGGAAGUCCACAAGGUGGAGCUUUCCAAGCGCCAAACAGCGCCAUGAAGACCGGUCUGUUCCAGUCAUUUGGGCAGCAAAUUCCCAGCAAUCAGUCCCAAAAUGUGGGCUUUUUUCAACCAUCAGCGUUUGGACAGCCGUCUGUCUUGAAUCAGCCCGCACCCCAUGGAAACACCAUCUUCGGACAGGGCUCUGCCUUCGGCCAGCCGUCCACGCAGCCCCCCUCGCUUCCUACAGUGAGCCAGGCUCCAGCUUUCGGGCAGCCGUCGGUUGGAAUGAACAGCUCUGGCUUUGGUGGUAGCAGUGCACCAGCUUUUGGACAGACCAGUGGACCCGGCCAGAGUUCAGUCUUUGGGCAGACACCUGCUUUUGGGCAGCCCUCAGCGUUUGGUCAGGCUGCAGGAUUUACCCAGCAAGCUCCAGGAUUUGGUAAACCGCCACCACCGUAUGGCCAACAACAACAACAACAACAACAACCAUCUGGAUUUGGAAACUCCCAGAUGUCUUCCAGCUCCACCACCACCUUAGGGCAACCUCAGCCACUGGGUUUUGGACAGUCUGUGUUUGGGCAGCCGUCAUCUACCAGUGUCACCACCAGUGUGUUCGGCGCAACUCCGACCCAGAGCCGAGGCUUCGGCACAUCCGAAUUCAGUUUCAAACCAGCCAAUGAGGCUCUUUUCAAACCCAUCUUCAGUGCCAGCCCUGAGCCUACUAACCCUCAAACCACUUCAUUGUCCAGCUCACCUUUUGGCAGUAAUGCACCCCAGACAAGCUCCAGCACCAUGAGUAGCGGCAGCACCACCACUGGCUUCCCCCUUUUGACUGGGGCUAAGUCUGGACCGCUGGGCUUCAGCUUCUCACAGCCUGCUGCAGCCCCCUCAAUUUCUGCCCAAAACAACCUGCUAACAACUGGGAGUAGCAGCGGUCCCACCAGCACUCUGCAGUUCACUUUUUCCCAGCCAGCCGCCCCCUCCAGCUCCAAUACCAAAGCAUCCACCACCCAGCCCACCACCCCAUCGUCUUUCAGCUUCUCAGCCAAAGCCAUCCAGCCUCAGACGGCGCCCAUUUUCGCAGGAACCAAUUUUGUUCAGCCCUCAGCUUUCGGUGAUGCCAAAGCUAACACAGACACGAGUACAGAUGAUAAAGGGAGCAGCCUCGAGAGCUUAGGGGACACAAAUAUAUUUGCACGAUUUAGCAAAGGCACCAAGCGUAAAGAGGACACAGUGGUCCCCAGCUCUGGUCCAGAGAAGCCUGCCACAGAGGAGGAUGUUCCAGCAGAAACAGAUUCACCAAGACACCCCCCAAAGAGGCCCCUAAUGAGGUCCCGUGGCCCACCAGCGGGCUUAUUUGGCAGGGCGCUAAGUGGACUGCGAAGAGAUGUGACUAACCCGGUGAGACGAGAGGCUGCGAAGGAGAGUCAGCAGCCCGCAUCGGUGUUGGAGGAGACGGAGAGGGAAGACGUCCAAGCUCAGGAUGAAAACCUGACCGCCGCAACACCUGAGACACAAGCACUGACGAGGGAUGUGCUGGAAAAAGCUGAAGAGUCAGAUUCAACAAAAGCUCCAGAACCGCAGCUGGAAACCACAACAACCCCCGUGAAGCAUGCCGUACGCCGGGAGAGCUCGGAGAGCCUCGGCAUGUCCGACAGCACCGCCCUCCAGUGCAAGAACAUUCCUCCGACCCUCAACAAAAAGGACUUAAUCGAGAGGCACUUCGGUCGAUUUGGAAAAGUCCGCAAGGUCUACUGCCGGCCUGCCAAGAACCUGGCCAUAGUGCACUUUGAUGACCACGCAUCAGCAGCAAAGGCAAAGAAGAAAGGCAAAAUCAUGCAUAGACAUGAACUUCUCAUCUUGUGGCAGAGAAGCAAGAAGCAAAGUCCAGGAGACAAAGGGAACAGACCUGCAGCAGAAAAGGAGGAGGCAGAGGGAGAAAGUCAGGAGGACGUAGAGUCUAAAGCUGCUUCCUCACCGCUCAGAAGGCCUCCGUUCAGAGCUCCCGCUGUCAGCAGCGCAGUGACCUUCAGCCGCAGCUCUCCGGUGAAGAAGUCAUCCAUGGUUAAGUCUCUCCAGUUUGACUCCGAACCCCAGAAAGAGAGCAGCACAGAGACCCAGAACUCAGAGCGCCCGGUCCCUUCCUCCCUCCUCCCCCUCAUCGGCCAGCUGGCUGAGACCGCCGAGGAGAAGUACCGCCUCCUGGAGCAGAGAGACAAGAUUCUGCGUCAAGGUCGACCCAAGCGGACAGACCUGGACCUGUCUAAGGUGUUUGUGGGAACGUGUCCUGACAUGUGUCCAGAGAAGGAGAGGUACAUGAGGGAAACACGGAACCAGCUCAGCAUAUUCGAGGUCGUCCCAGACACCGAGAUGGUGGAUCACACAGCAGCCAUCAAAGAGUACAGCCGCUCGUCAGCCGACCAGGAGGAGCCGCUGCCCCACGAGUUACGCCCCCUGCCCAUACUCAGCAUGACCAUGGACUACCUGGUGACUCAGAUCAUGGACCAGGGUCACGACAACUACCGGGACUGGUAUGACUUUGUCUGGAACAGGACCCGCGGCAUCCGCAAGGACAUCACCCAGCAGCGCCUGUGCUGCCCGCACACCGUGUCGCUGAUCGAGAAGUGCACGCGCUUCCACGUGCACUGCGCCCACCACCUCUGCGAGGAGCACAUCUCCUCUUUCGACGCCAAGAUCAACAACGAGAACAUGACAAAGUGCCUGCAGAGUCUGAAAGAAAUGUACGAGGACCUGGCGACACGUCAGGUCUACUGCGCCCGCGAGGCAGAGUUCCGCCAGUACAGCGUGCUGGUGAAACUCAACGACGGUGACAUCCUACGUGAGGUCCAACAGUUCCGUGACGAAGUGCGCAAUUCCCCCGAGGUGAAGUUUGCUGUGCAUGCGUUCGCUGCAGUCAACAGCAACAACUUUGUGCGCUUUUUCAAGCUAGUGAAAGGAGCCUCGUACCUCGCCAGCUGCCUCCUGCACAGAUACUUCAAUCAGGUCAGAGCGAAGGCCUUGAAGACCCUGAACGUGGCUCACACGGUGGGUCCGCGCUCAACUGCGUUUCCAGUCGAUGACGUAGUUCGGAUGUUGAUGUUCCGCAGCAUCGCAGAAGCAACCGACUUCAUCCAGCAGUACGGCCUCAACGUCAACGACGGUAUGGUGGAGCUCAGUCGGAUAGCCUUUCAGGAGCCGGAGCUGCCUGUGUCCCAGAAGAAGUCGGAGGUCAUCCUCACGAAAAAAAUGGUGUUGAUUGGAGAGGUGGUGAACGGAGGCUCCCUCCCCAACCCUCCCCAGCACACCCCAGUCUGCAGCUUCGACUCCCAGAACAAGUUCCGCGGUGAAGGCCCCCUGGCUGAGUCCUCUACCAGCACAUUUAGAGCCAUUGCUGCCAAGGCGGAGGUUAAAGCACCAGCCAGCGUUGAGUUGCAGACGCCGGUCAUGCGGGCCAGGUCUCCAGACAUUCCCCUCGAGUUUCGGCUGCCUGCAGCUGUUACAGAUGAGACCGGAGAGCCCAGUGAUUCGCUUCACAGCGCGGCACAUCCAGCAGACGCCCAGCAGCUGUUCCAGCCUAUAUCCCAACCUCAACCUGUCAAACCACCGUCACCCCCACCCAAACCUCAGCCGGUGUACAGCGACGAGGACAUAAUGGCCGAACUAGACUGUGUUAUUGAAGAGGUGGUUGAAGCGACAGUGAGGGAGGUGGCCGACGCUGGUGCCAGCUACGCCACAACGGCUCUUGCGGAGAGCAGCGUGCAGGUGGAGUCACUAGUGAGUGACGUGUUGGGACAGAUGCUACAAGAGGUGUCGUCAUCUGAGAUCAAGCUGGAACAAGAACGUGUCGCUGAAGAGAAACGCAAGCUUGAAGAAGCCAGGAGGAAGCAGGAGCACGAGGCCUUCCUGGUCCAGUUCAGCUUCUCUCUCUGCACGGAGCUCAUCUACGAAGUAUUAGACGAGACCAUCAAGGAGACCGCCUCCUCUGAGAUCCAGCAAGCAGUGAAUGAGAAAACACAACGUGUGGCGAAAUGCACAGAGCAGGUCUGCACCAGUCUAGUUGAGGAGACUUUGAAUGCAGACAUCGCUCUGUUGGUUGAAGAAAUCCUUGAUGUGGAGCUGCAGCGUAUCCACAAGUAUAUCAAGAGGUGGCGUGAUGUGGUAGCGGUGCGUCGGCAGCUGAAGAGACAGAUGAGAGGUUUCCCUGCAGCUCCCUGCUGCGUGGACCCUCGCUUCAAACUGAAGGCUCUGGCUCCCAGCGCCCCCGCACGGCCCUCCAUGGCAGACCUGGCCCGCGGUCUGGUCAACCUGGGAAACGCAGGAACGUUGGCUCUGUCCAGCACCAGGUUGUUGAAAAUGAGACAAGAAGCGAUCCACCAGAUGAGAGUCCACUACUACUAUCAGCAGCUGCUCGAUGAGUCGGUGUGGGCGCCACUCGACCUGCCAGCACUGGUGACAGAAAACAUCUGCAAUCCAACUGACAGAAUCUUCUGGAAAUCUGUUCUCCUCUUACCCAGCGACGAUGAGAGCGUAGCCAGUCUGGCAGACAGGAUCCUGUCAGACUGGCUGGAGGUGAAGCUUGGUGGUGGUGGUGGUGGUAAGGGGUCAGAGGUCAGGGAAGAGCAGCCAGACGGCACACUGCAGACCCUCUGUGUCAUCAACUCACUGCAGGAGAACGGACAGCGCACUCACAAAGUCCACGUCAGCAUCAAGGCGUCCAGAGGCCCGCUCACUGAAGACAGCCUGUCUAAAAUGGAGGAGUGCUGUGAGCUCCAGGGGACAGGAGCCCUGAUCAUGUUGCUCCCAGCGCUUCGCACCGUCGAGUCGGGACACGACGAACAGGAUGUCCCUCUGCUUUCAGCACUGCUUCAGCUCAAACAGCUACAACAAGCCAACACGUGGCACAGCCCGCUGCCUCUGGUCAUCCUGGUACCGGGGCCUGACGGCGACACACAGAAACUCGAAGAAGACCUGAUGCUGGAUAAACUGGUUAAAGAAGGCUUGAUAUCAGAAUACACGUUCCUCUUCAUACCAGAGACCACCAGUGACCUGCAGGGAUCCAAACAGCUAAGUCAUGCUAUGCGUUGGCUGCUGGCCCGUGCACCACCACCCUUCCCGCUCUCCUGUCAGACCCUGGUGCAGCUGGUGGAGGCCAGCCUGAGUCAUGAGUUCAGUCAAAGGAUUUACGCCCACCGCCAGGACAGGGCUGCAGCGUGUCUUCCUCCCCAGGACCCCGCACCUGUCAUCCAGCUGUACAAUGCUGUCCUGGCUCACAUUGCUGACAGAGUGUCGUCCCAGGAUCUCUCCAGACUCUCAUGGCCACCAGGCGAGUUCUGCCUGCCUGACACUCGUGACUUUGUCCCUCAUCUGGGUUGGAACUCUGCCCCGCACCUGGCCUGGCUACGUGAAGCCAUCCUCAGCCUGCAGCUGCCACAGUGGAAUCAACUAUCUAACACGGACUCGUGGUCUCAGCUUUGCUCCUCCAUCUUUCGUUACGCUGCUCAGAUCCCGGUCUCACCCAACAGUCAGCCCCUCAUAAUGUCACGCCUGGAAAACCUACUAGAAAGAGUCAGACUGAAGGGUCACCGUACCAGAACCCCUGGAUCCAAGGUAACCAUGGGCAACCUUGGUGACGGAGACGAGAGCGUGUGUCCGGCUUUCAGUCAGAUCCCUUGGGAUGACGUGCUGGUGAUAUGCAUAGACCACAAGCUGAAAGACUGGCAGGUCCCUGGACCACCUGUCUGUGAAGAUGCUGUGACGGAGGACGGGGAGAUCCUGGUUUACUUCCCCACAGAGUCGUUGAAGGGCUUCCAGCCUCCUGAAGAAUGGACCGAGGCCGUCAGACAAACCCACAGAGAGAAGCAGGAAGAGAACAAAGAGGCAAGUGCAGCUGCUUGUGCCACACCUACCAGUCUGUCCCUCAGAAAGAGGUUGUUCGACAGUCUGGUGGAGCCUUUUCAAGCCCCGACAACCCUGCUGGACAUCUCACACACUCCCACAGCAGAGGAGCUGCUGGCUCACAAAGUCCUCCAGAGCUUAGAGGAGGAGAAGGCUGAAAGCAAAAGGAGCAUGGAGCAGCUUCAACGUUGGCUGGAUGGUGCUGCCUUUGACCACUUGUCCACUCCGCUUUUCAUUCCAUCCUCCACCCUGUUGUCCAUGCCCACAAUCCUAACGCACACGCCCACAGCCAAGACUGGAGAUAGCGCUCCCACAGAGGAAGCAGAGCCUGAUGAGUUGUCGGAGAAAGCAGACUGGCCUAAGACCGUUCCUGUAUCAAUGGCGUGGCGACUGAAGGAACUCGAGCAACAGAUUUUGGCAAGCCAAGAGGAAGAAUUAGCCUGCAGACUGAAGCUGAGUGGUCUGCUGAGCAUUGUUGAUGACUGAUGAACUGUUGAUGUCUUUUUUUUUUUUUUUUUUUAUAAAUGACUCUGAAGCUACACAAAUGUUUGAAAACUA